AUGGCCGGCCAGCAGCCAGCCCCGCACCUCCACCUGGCCGAGCUCACCGCCUCGCAGUUCCUCGACGUCUGGAAACACUUCGACGCCGACGGAAACGGCUACAUCGAAGGCAAAGAGCUGGAAAACUUCUUCCAGGAGCUGGAAAGCGCAAGGAAGGGGGCUGGCGUGGACUCCAAGAACGACAACUUUGGCGAGAAGAUGAAGGAGUUCAUGCACAAGUACGACAAAAACGCGGACGGCAAAAUCGAGAUGGCGGAGCUGGCCCAGAUCCUGCCCACGGAGGAGAACUUCCUGCUGUGCUUCCGCCAGCACGUCGGCUCCAGCUCGGAGUUCAUGGAGGCCUGGCGGAGGUACGACACGGACCGCAGCGGCUACAUCGAAGCCAACGAGCUCAAGGGCUUCCUGUCAGACCUGCUGAAGAAGGCCAACAGGCCCUACGACGAACCCAAGCUGCAGGAGUACACGCAGACCAUCCUGCGGAUGUUCGACAUGAACGGAGACGGGAAGCUGGGCCUCUCGGAGAUGUCCCGACUUUUGCCUGUGCAAGAAAACUUCCUCCUUAAGUUUCAGGGAAUGAAGUUGUCGUCGGAGGAAUUCAAUGCUAUCUUUGCAUUUUACGAUAAGGAUGGGAGCGGCUUCAUUGAUGAGAACGAGCUGGACGCACUUUUGAAAGACCUGUAUGAAAAGAACAAGAAAGAGAUGAACAUCCACCAACUCACCAACUACAGAAAGAGCAUCAUGAACCUCUCCGACGGGGGCAAACUCUACCGCAAGGAGCUUGAAAUUGUGCUCUGCAACGAGCCCCCCAUGUAGGGUCCCCUGUGCUCCCUCUCUUCCUCAUUCUGGAUUUCCUCCCCCCUGCCCGUUGCCCCCCAUCACUGCGCCGAAAGAGAGCACAAAGAAGGGAGCAAUCGCCGCCGCGGCGCCGGCCGGGAGCUCUGUGCCCGCCUCACUGUGCCCUCCGCUGGCGUUUGCCCACCUGCUUCUGCCCGGGGCCCAGCCCCUGCCCGCCAUGGGAGGGGGCGCGCUGCAUGGCC